AUGCCGCAGGAGAAAGCGACAUCGGCCACUGCCUCCGGAUCUGGAGGCGUGGAGAAGAACCCUAGAAGGACUGCGAAGAGCCGCAACGGGUGUCAAGUCUGUAAGGUCAAGAGACUCAAAUGUGACGAGACACGACCGCGCGGCUACGACUGUCCUGGAUACAGAAAGGCUUUGAAGUGGUCAACAAAGUAUGAGGUCCUACAGCCCGAGGAAUCCGACAACCAAAAGACAAUUCACCCUUCAGUGGAAUAUCACUUCUCUGCCAUCGAUCCAGUCACUUUUGGUCAAGCACCUACUUUUUCGACUGACCAAUUACCCGGAGCUAUCACUGGGUACGGAGAGAUUCUAGAGGACACUGGCCCUCACGUGGUGGCGACAUACACGACCCCGUCUUUGAUUACUGAUGGACUCGAAGCACAAGGACCAUACUGUGCCUGGCCUCAACAGUGGCCAGGCUAUCACGAAAUAAGCCACGAGCAAGCUGUAGUUCCUUACGCUCCUAGUGCUUCCCCGAGCCAGUUUGAUGCACAUUCAAGGAGCAGCAGCCCGGAAGAGACAAAUCAAUGGAAGUCCUUACUUCGAGCUUACUAUCGUAUGGCGAGCCCCACCAUAACGAGAUCCCUUCAGAACGAUAGUACUGGGCUUGUUGAGCACUAUUUCAGAGACGUUUGCGUCCUCUACUCGUCUUUCGACUCGAAGCUCAAUCCGUUCCGUACUGUCAUUGGAAAGUUGUGGGACAGCUCCGACUCAAUCUUUUACGCAAUCCAGAGUAUGGCAGCUGCUCAUCUGGCUAAUCACAAUCCUGUAAUGGAAGUGCAAGGCUUGCAGAUGCAACGGAAAGCAUACGGAUGUCUACAACAUGAGCUACAGCUUGCACAUGUGAAUCAACAAGUAGAUGACCGACUGCUACUGACAGUACUUUUGUUGGGGAUGAGCUCGCCAUGGCAUGAGGCUGGCGAUCUAGGUAUGGCACACCUGAACGCCGCUAGAGGACUCAUAUACCCCCGGCUUCUCCGAGAAGAUAAGAAUCAGUCGGAAGAGAUGGCGCGGAACGAUCAAUUCUUUGCCGAGGCCCUUAUCUACUGGGAGAUGUGUGUCGCUUUUGUGCACAAGGAGCCAAUGACGCCAGGUCGGGAAAAACCAAACGACGCGACAGAUUACAACGAGGCACGGACAAUAGGAACGAAAGUCAUGCCCCAUCCUUGGACUGGUGUGGGUCCAAGAGCACAAGUUCUGUUCGCUGAAGUCGGGCGCCUUGUUCGAAACUAUCGAGCUAUCUCAUCGCCGUUAUCCUAUGGAGCAACGAGUGAGCAUGUUGACCCUACAAAAAUGAUCACUGCUGCUAUGGAUUUUGAAAAAGAGUUGCUAAAUAUCCGCUGGCCGGCUAUUGAUGAUCUUGUCGACGUUCAAGAUCAGUCUACUGGCAAGCUCGACUUCAUAAUGGUCGCAGAAGCCACUCGCUGCUCUGCUCUACUAGAGAUCUAUCGUGUAUUCCCCAACAUCUUGCACAGCCGAUUAUUCAACAAUGCCGAUAUCACUGGUACUUCGAGUCACUUCUUUUUCCCAUUUUGCGGAACACUCUUGUAUCACGAUGCUCAAAAUCCAACAACUUGGUUGACCUCGCUUGCACGGCAUAUCCUUCUGGAUUUGAUCGGAAAUGUUCCACCAACCUCUGGCACACGACCACUCCAACUUCUCAUCAUACUAACCGCCGCUGCUGAACUUCAGGUGUCUGCACCCACCACUCCAUCCACGCUACACGUGGUACGCGCCAGAAAUCUUGCGAUGACGAGAUUGGAAGAGCUUUCCGCGAGGCUGCCUUCCAAGCCUGUAUUCAUGGUCAUCAAGCUUGUCAAGGAGGUUUGGCGGCGCUUCGAUAUUGGCGAUGGCAGUGUCUUUUGGCUCGACGUAAUGCAUGAAAAUGGUUGGCAAACUGUCUUGGGCUAG